AUGUCGAUCCAAAAAACCGAUACUCGGCAAGGCAACGCUACUAUGCUUGGGCAAGUAUGGCAAAGGGAAAAACCACUCGAGUUGGCUGCUCAUAUUCUCACUGUGACGGAAACCGGAGCAGAAAGCAUUUUCUCUGUGCAUUUACAUAUUGAACAAAGGUCUCGCCUUGCCAAAGGAUUGGAAUUCAAUGCCGAAACGAACAGCACUGCGCCGGGUGCGGCUGGAAUGUUAAAA